CCGGCUAUGAAUCACGGGCGUAAGCCGUCUGAUCCCUGAAGUUUAUCAGACACCGGACAGGUCCGACCCACGGACGACCAACAUGAGCGAGAGGUUCAGGGUCGUGCCGGUGGCCGCGCAUGAGAGCGCGUUUGGAGACGAAACGGACGGAGACACGGUGUUUGACGCCGCCGGUGUCUGUGAGGGCGAGCGCGCGGAGCGGCGGGGGUCGGUGCCCAUCCUUGAGUACAGCAGAGAACCCAACAAAUACGGUGAUGGAAACCCAAGGGAAAGCAGCCCGUUCAUCCAUAACACAGAUGAUUAUAAGGGAACUCUAUAUGAUGGGAAAAACAUGGCACUUUUUGAGGAGGAGAUGGACAGCAAUCCCAUGGUGUCGUCGCUGCUCAGCAAACUGGCCAACUACACGAACCUCACGCAGGGCGUCCGAGAGCACGAGGAGGCCGACGAGGACGAAGGGGCCAAGAAGAAAACAGUCAAGAGUCCACAGAUGGGCACGUUUAUCGGCGUCUACCUGCCCUGCCUGCAGAACAUCCUGGGAGUGAUUCUCUUCCUGCGAAUGACAUGGAUCGUGGGAACGGCGGGAAUCUUGGAGUCCUUUAUCAUUGUGUCCAUGUGCUGCUCGUGUACAAUGUUAACAGCCAUAUCAAUGAGUGCCAUUGCUACAAACGGUGUUGUUCCAGCUGGAGGCUCCUACUACAUGAUCUCUCGGUCUCUGGGCCCUGAGUUUGGGGGUGCGGUGGGACUGUGUUUCUAUCUGGGCACCACGUUCGCCGGGGCCAUGUACAUCCUCGGGACCAUCGAGAUCUUCCUGACCUACAUCGUGCCCAGCGCCGCCAUCUUUAAGGCAGAGGAGAAGGCGCUGGAGGCCGAGGCCAUGCUGAAUAACAUGCGUGUGUACGGCACGUGUUGUCUAACACUCAUGGCUGUGGUGGUGUUCGUCGGUGUGAAGUACGUCAACAAGCUGGCGCUGGUGUUCCUGGCCUGUGUGGUGCUGUCCAUCCUGUCCAUCUACGCUGGCGUCUUCAAAACCAUCUUUGAACCGCCCAUUUUUCCGGUCUGUCUGUUGGGCAACCGCACCCUGCAGAACCACGGCUUUGACAAGUGCAUGAAGACCGAAAUAAUAGACAACGAGACCGUGACCACGAGGCUCUGGGCGCUCUUCUGUGACGGGCCGGAGCUCAACGCCAGCUGCAACGAAUACUUCAGCCUCAAUAACGUCACCGUGAUCCAGGGCAUCCCCGGCCUCACCAGCGGAGCCAUUUCAGAGAACAUGUGGGGAACCUACGGUCCCGCUGGCAUGAUGGUGGAGAAGGACCUCCCGUCGGUGCCGGCGAUCGAUUCGUCUCAGGACAAGGACAUGCCGUAUGUGCUCAAUGACAUCACCACCUUCUUCACACUGCUGGUGGGAAUCUACUUCCCCUCGGUCACGGGAAUCAUGGCUGGAUCCAACAGAUCCGGGGAUCUGAGAGACGCUCAGAGGUCCAUUCCCAUCGGGACCAUCCUCGCCAUUGCAACCACCACCAUCAUCUAUCUGUCCUGCGUCGUGUUGUUCGGCGCCAGCAUCGACGGUGUGGUGCUCCGAGACAAGUUUGGAGACUCUGUGAAAGGGAACCUGGUGAUUGGCACGUUGUCCUGGCCCUCUCCCUGGGUGAUCGUGAUUGGCUCGUUCUUCUCCUGCUGUGGGGCGGGGCUUCAGAGUCUCACCGGCGCCCCCCGUCUGCUGCAGGCCAUCGCUCGAGACGGCAUCGUGCCCUUCCUCGAGGUGUUCGGUCACGGCAAGGCCAACGGAGAGCCGACGUGGGCUCUUCUCCUGACGGCUCUGAUCUGUGAAAGUGGGAUUCUCAUCGCUUCCCUCGACGCUGUGGCGCCCAUCCUCUCAAUGUUCUUUCUCAUGUGUUAUCUGUUCGUAAAUCUGGCCUGUGCACUUCAGACGCUCCUGAGGACGCCCAACUGGAGACCGCGCUUCAAAUUCUACCACUGGACUCUGUCGUUUCUCGGGAUGAGUUUGUGUCUGGCUCUGAUGUUCAUAUCCUCCUGGUACUACGCUCUGGUGGCCAUGCUCAUCGCUGGAUGCAUCUACAAAUACAUUGAAUACCGCGGGGCGGAGAAGGAGUGGGGCGACGGGAUCCGGGGUGUUUCCCUCAACGCGGCGCGCUUCGCUCUCAUCCGGUUAGAGGAGGCGCCGCCACACACCAAAAACUGGAGACCUCAGCUGCUGGUUCUCCUCAAUCUGGACACUGAGCUGUCGGUGAAACACCCUCGUCUGCUGUCCUUCACCACACAGCUGAAGGCUGGCAAAGGCCUGACCAUCGUCGCCUCGGUGCUGGAGGGAACCUACCUCACCAAAGACACUGAGGCCAAACAAGCAGAACAGAACAUCAAAUCAGCCAUGUCCGCAGAGAAGACGAAGGGCUUCUGUCAUGUGGUGGUGUCGUCGAACCAGCGCGACGGCAUCUCUCACCUGAUCCAGUCCGCCGGCCUCGGAGGAAUGAAACACAACUCUGUUCUGAUGGCCUGGCCCACGAAUUGGAGACAGUCCAACGACCCGCAGACCUGGAAGAACUUCAUAGAGACGGUCCGAGAGACGACUGCCGCCCAUCUGGCUCUUCUGGUGGCCAAAAACGUGGACAGUUUCCCUCAUCAGGAGCGUCUCAGUGAAGGAACCAUCGACGUGUGGUGGAUCGUUCACGACGGGGGUAUGCUGAUGCUCCUGCCCUUCCUCCUGCGACAGCACAAGGUGUGGAGGAAGUGUAAGAUGCGCAUCUUCACCGUGGCUCAGUUAGAUGAUAACAGCAUCCAGAUGAAGAAAGACCUGCAGAUGUUCCUCUAUCAUCUCCGUCUGAACGCCGAGGUGGAGGUGGUGGAGAUGCAUGACAGUGAUAUCUCCGCGUUCACCUACGAGAAGACCCUGGUGAUGGAGCAACGCUCUCAGAUGCUGAAGCAGAUGCAGCUCUCGAGGACGGAGCGCGAGCGAGAGAUUCAGAGCAUCACGGACGAAUCGCGUAGCUCUAUUCGGAGGAAGAACCACAGCGGAGCUCACGGCUCAGGCCUCAAUAACCAGAUCAGCCAACUAGAUGAGGAGAAACAGGAGGAGGCUCAGCUGAUCCACGACAGGAACACAGCGUCUCACGCGGCGCUAAACGACAAGGCCGACGCGGCGCCGGAGCGAGUCCACAUGACCUGGACCAAAGAGAAGUUCUUCACCGAACGCAACCGCAACCGAGAGCAGAACGCAACCAUGGCCGUGCGAGACCUCUUCAACAUGAAACCCGAAUGGGAGAGUCUGAACCAGUCGAACGUGCGCUGCAUGCACACAGCGGUCAAACUGAAUGAAGUGGUGGUCAACAAGUCUCAGGGGGCACAUCUGGUGCUCCUCAACAUGCCGGGCCCACCGAAGAACCGGGGCGGCGACGAAAACUACAUGGAGUUUAUGGAGGUUAUGAUGGAGGGUCUCAACCGGGUCCUGUUGGUGCGCGGCGGGGGUCGAGAGGUCAUCACCAUAUAUUCAUAAAGUGGAUUUCCACCGGCAGGAAUUCUGUCUAUUAUUUUUUCCCAGAGCAAAGCGGGGCGUCGUGAAAACCCAGGGGUUUUCCAGCUGCGUUUACGAGGAGACGGGACAUUUCUGAUCUCCUGAAGAACAGACUCAACGUGAAGCACAUACGAAAGCGGAGACACUUUAAUUUAUGCUCAUUGACUGUUUCCUCGUCUUCUUUUAUUUGUUCGUGCUAUGCUAGUUUUAUGUCCGUGUUGUGCGUCGUUCGCCUGUUAUUCCGGAUGUCGAAGGCUUUUCCCAGGAGCGUUUGGUAAUGCCUGUUUAAUAUCGAUUCAUUCAUCAAGUCCAUCUGCAUCUGCUUUAUUCGUUUGCGGACGUUCAGAUUGUCGCUUGAUACCCAAAAUAACAUCGAUGUUCAGAGCUGAUCCACAUCCAUGAUGGCUUUCGGAUAUCGAGGGGAUGAGUGUGUCAGAUGACAUUACCGACUUCAUGAUAUGAAAUGUGCAAUAACUUUUUUUUAUUUUUAUCAAGGCAUCACUGACCAAGGGUUCUGUAUUAUAAAUGUUGAAAUGUUUGAAGGAGAACAGCCAUGACGUUUAUUAUUGAGUACUGAGGUUUCGUUUCGGCAGUUUAAUCAGGAUGAUUUCGGCUGUAUUUGCACUUUUUAGUUUGUAUGAUAAUAGCAAAAAACAACCAGACAACCAGCACUGCAACAUCUUUAUCUCUCAGCAAUAAACAUGUUUUCUCAUAUAAGCUGGAACUAAAUUUGAAGCGUCUGUCUUGACGUUCGUGAACCAAACCCGUUCAGUUAGCCUCAGCCAUAGCAAUCUACUGUAUUCUCUUGUGAUGUCUGUCUGAAUGAGCUGGACAUAGAGAUAAUGGCUCGACCAAUGGAGUGGCAUUGGGGGCGGGGCUAUCUGUUUUUGACCAAUAGCAGACGUGAGGAGUAUUUUACUUCAACUUUACAAGGUUUAGGAACUAUUGUGUUUAGACUCGGACGGAUCACAGAGCAGUUUUACCAAGAUUUACAACAUUUUAUUUGUCCUGUUCUUUUUGUUCUUCUACACUGUGUUCUUACCAGGCGCCUCAUUGGUCCACAAUCACUGCAUAUUAAACAGCACAUGUGUCCUGAUUGGCUGUGAUUUUGUUGAACUUGGUUUGGACACGGUGUCACAUGAUGUACUGUAACACACUUCUGUUCGAAAGUUUGGGGUUAAUACUUAAUAA